GUCCUUCCCAUUCCCUCCCACCAUGGAGAUCAAGUUAGAGUUCGUGCGGAAGCGCAGUGAAUUYGGGCGGCCAUGCAACUUCUCGGUGCAGCCGGCCGAGGUGACCGUGGACAUCCCGCCGGACCCCAGCCUGGCCGAGGACUUCAUCCCCCAGGACCCCGUGGACUUUGCUGUGCAGCAGGGUCCUGUCAUGGCCCUGAGYGAGAUGAACACGGAGCGGGCACAGGUGUCCAUCCAGGGUGUGAACCAUGUGGAGGGAGGAUGGCCCAAGCACGUCGACUACAAGAACUCAGAGCUGACCACCCGCUACCGGGAGGAGGUGGAGAGGGAGGAGGUCUACACCAGGAGUGUCCUGCGCCUCAGCACUCUGAUGGAGCACUACAUCAGGCAGAACAACGCCAUCGACAUCUACGAGGAGUAUUUCGGGGAGGAAGAGGAGGAGGAUGAGGAAGAAGAGCAUCCUUCUGCCAAAACCAUCAUUGUCCUCAGGGACCCCAACGUGACCAAGAGGAUGGCCACGCACAUCUCCUGGCACCCCGACGCCAACAGGGCAGUGGCCGUGGCUUAUUGCAGCCUGGACUUCCAGGACAGCAGGAAAGACAUGAGCUCUGAUUCCUACAUCUGGGAUCUGGAAAGCCCCUAYGGCCCAGAGCUCACCCUCAAGCCCUCGUCCCCUGUGGUGACCCUGGAAUACAAUUCCAAGGACUGGUAUCACCUGCUGGGAGGCUGCUACAAUGGACAGAUAGUGUACUGGGACACCAGGAAAGGRGGGCUGCCCAUGGAGAUCAGCCCUGUGGAGUUCAGCCACCGGGACCCCGUGUACGGCAUGUGCUGGCUGCCCUCCCGAACGGGCACCGACUGCCUCUCAGCCUCCACUGACGGGCAGGUCCUGUGGUGGGACAUCCGCAAGCUGUCAGAGCCCACCGAGAGGCUGAUCUUGGACAUCACCAAGGAAGACAAGCUGAGCAAUGCUCAGGGUGCCAUCUCCCUGGACUUUACACCCGCCAUGCCUGCCAAGUUCCUGGUGGGCACAGAGCAGGGCAACAUCAUCUCCUGCAACCGCGACGCCAAGUCACCACCCGACAAAAUCGUCCACGUCUACAGCAGCCACAUYGGGGCCGUCUACACCGUGACCAGGAACCCCUUCUACCCCAAAAUCUUCCUGACAGUCGGUGACUGGACUGCUCAGCUCUGGACGGAGGAUCUGCUGGAUGCAUCAUCAAUUAUGGAGACCAAGUGCCACACUCCCUACCUGCUGGCUGGGUGCUGGAGCCCCGCAAAACCGGCCGUGUUCUUCAUUGCCAAGUCAGAUGGGACCCUGGACGUCUGGGACUACCUCUUCCACCAGAAGGAGCCUUCCCUCAGCCUCAAGGUGUCCAACGAUCCCCUGCUCAGCCUGUGCUCGCAGGACAACGGGCGCAUCCUUGGCUGYGGCACCAAGCUGGGCACUGUCUCCCUCCUGGAGAUCUCCCCAGGACUCUGCACCCUCCGGAAGAAUGAGAAGAACCUGACCCUCGCAAUGUUCGAGCGGGAGGCGAGGCGUGAGAAGGUCCUGCAGGACAAACGUCGGGAGCUGCUGCUGCGGGAGCAGGAGCGGGCCAAGGCCAAGGUGGAGGAGCGGGAGGAUACCCAGGAGGUGUUCAAGCAGGCCCAAACAGAUUUYUUCUCCRUCAUCAAGGCAGAGCGGCGAAGGAGGGGCCAGGAUGUGCCUGRAGAGGAUGAAGAGGGCGAGGCAGCAGCAGAGUAG